AUGGCGGUCGAUACGCCCAGGCUGGAGGGGAUCAAUGGUGUAAUCAAUUCAGUCCACCAUCCGGCGCUCGAUGCCUCUUGUGCUCAAUGCCUCCUGCCCUCGACUCGAGUCGAGUCAGUCCGGCCUGGCUGGCGGCCCUCGAAGCCGUCGGAGCGGGUGCACGAGGCGAACGGGUGGGCAACAAACGGGGCGAUUGUGAAAUCCGCGCGCACGAAGCGGGCCGAAAGGGGAACUGGCACAAUCGGCACAAUUAUCACAGCUGGCACAACCGACACAACCAACACACACUCGGCACACAGACGACACAGACGAGACAAACGGCACAACUCAGCGCCACGAGCCGACGGAGGCAGGAUGGCAUCAAGAGAAAAACGCAAGCACCCAUGCCCGGACUGUGUACACACUCAAUUUAGACUGACUGAUUGA